AUGGUCCGCAAGUUCAAGCAUCACGAACAGAAGCUCCUCAAGAAAGUCGACUUUCUAAACUGGAAACAGGAUGCCAACCUGCGCGAGAUCAAGGUCAUCCGUCGGUACCAUCUCCAGGACAGAGAAGACUACCACAAAUACAAUAAACUAUGUGGCUCGUUGAGGUCAUUUGCCCAUCGCCUCUCCAUGCUUCCCGCACAGGAUCCAUUCCGUGCCAAAAUGGAAGGCCAACUCCUUUCCAAACUAUAUGAUAUCGGCGUGCUCAACUCCCAAGCAAAGCUCAGCGACAUAGAGAACAAAUUGACCGUAGCCGCGUUCUGUCGUCGGCGCCUUGCCGUGUUCAUGUGCAUGAGCAAAAUGGCAGAGACAGUCAGCGCAGCUGCAAAGUUCAUCGAACAGGGACACGUUCGCGUUGGUCCGGAUACAAUCACGGACCCUGCCUUCCUCGUCACAAGACACAUGGAAGACUUCGUCACUUGGGUCGACACCUCUAAACUCAAGAGGACCAUCAUGACGUACAACGAUGAGUUGGAUGACUACGACCUGCUGUAG